CGGUCUACAUUCUCAAUUGCUGUUUUGCUCCGGUCUUUUUUAUCAAAUUUUCUCCCGGCUACCACUACACCCAUUUGUUCUCUCUCUCUCUCUCCACCCUGCCUGCUAAGAAGUCCGUCUUUCUAAGUGUUCAAGAGCCAGAAAAUUUUUAGAAGAAGAAGAGCAAGAUCAGGAGAUGGGAACUCUAGGGAAAGCAAUUUACACCGUUGGAUUUUGGAUUCGGGAGACCGGCCAGGCCAUUGAUCGCCUCGGUUGUCGCCUCCAAGGAAACUACUACUUCCAAGAGCAGCUGUCUAGGCACCGGACUCUGAUGAACAUAUUUGAUAAAGCUCCAGUUGUUGAUAAGGAUGCAUUUGUGGCCCCAAGUGCGUCUAUCAUUGGGGAUGUUCAAGUGGGACGAGGAUCAUCUAUUUGGUAUGGAUGUGUUCUGAGAGGUGACGUCAACGGCAUAAGUAUUGGGGCUGGAACUAACAUACAGGAUAACUCCCUUGUGCAUGUGGCAAAAUCUAAUUUAAGUGGUAAGGUGUUACCAACUAUUAUUGGUGACAACGUUACUGUAGGUCACAGUGCUGUUUUGCACGGCUGCACUGUUGAGGAUGAGGCCUUUGUUGGCAUGGGGGCUACACUUCUUGAUGGUGUUGUUGUUGAGAAGAAUGCCAUGGUUGCUGCUGGAGCUCUUGUGCGACAGAAUACCAGGAUCCCCUUUGGAGAGGUAUGGGGAGGUAACCCAGCAAAAUUCCUGAGGAAACUCACUGAGGAGGAGAUGGCCUUCGUUUCCCAGUCGGCCACCAAUUAUUCCAACCUUGCACAAGUCCAUGCAGCUGAAAAUGCAAAACCUUUUGAUGAGAUAGAGUUUGAGAAGGUUCUCCGGAAGAAGUUUGCUCAUCGAGAUGAGGAGUAUGACUCCAUGUUGGGCGUUGUUCGUGAAACUCCCCCAGAGCUUGUUCUUCCAGAUAAUAUCCUACCAGACAAAGCACCCAAGGCUUCUUCUUAAAAGAUGAGAGUUUUGUCUUUAUCUCCUUUUUCUAAAUUUAAUUUUCUUCUUAAAUUCAGAUCAUGAAAAUUGAUAUCAAGUGGAUAUUUCUUUCUCAUGUGCAAAUACCUGGAAAGGGGAUCACUUUCUUUUCCAAUAAUGACAGAGACAUGUUUUAGGGGAGAA